AUGCUGUCUCCAACCUUAAUUGUUCUGCUAAGCAUUGCAUUCCUCCAAAGUGAGAAAGCGAUUACAUUGAACAUGUACAUCAUAAUUAUGGAUGCUAAAAAUGUUAGAAAUGACACAAAGCUGAACCCAUCUCAUCUGAUCCAUCUUCUGCGAGGACUGGUGAACAUUCUCCUGCAGUGGGGUCUGACAGUACAGGGAACACUCUAUGUCAUUUGUGUUCCUCUGCUGUUUAUUAAGGAAGUGUUAUUUCCAUUGUUCAUAAUUACACUUACAAUGACUUACUGCAGUUUCUGGCUGACCGCCUGGCUCUGUGCCUACUACUGUACCACCAUCACCAACUUCAGAUAUGUGCUCUGUGUUUGGUUACAGAGGAUCAGCUCAUCUUCCCUUCUGCUGCUGUUUCUACUCACAGCUGGUGGGACAUUUCUCAUAGGUCUCCUGUCCUUUUGGAAUACCAAAAUUGAAGCUGAAGUGAAAGGAUCUGAGAAUAGUACAUCAGGAACCUCUUUCUUUAGUGGGACAUUUAAUGUGAAUCCCUUGAAUUCGCUAAUAACCACCAUUCUUGGCUGCGUGCUGCCCUUCAUCCUCAUACUCUACUCUAUUCUACUCACAGUAUCCUCUCUUUUGAGACACGUGUGUAACAUGAAGCAGAGUGAUUCUGGAUUUACUCGUCCUAAACUCUAA